GCACCCGCCAUAGCGUCGACCGCAAAGGCCUAUCCCGCGCGUAAUGCCCAGCAGCUGCUACGCCUCCGCAGCUCGCCUACGGCAGUAAUACUACGCAGCAACAUCUACCGCGCACCCGCGCGCGCACCUACUCCCGCAAUCAAGCGGACUUAAAACCAUGCCCUGGCGGCCGCUCCCUAGAAUCGCCUUCGGAGUAUGCACAUACCCCUUCGCCGCCUCUUCGCCCGCCGACUUGCCCCUCGAGAUUGGCGAUGAGCUGUAUAUCAUUGAGCAGGGCGGUCGAGAUGGCGAGUGGUACAGAGGCUACCUCGUGGCGCCGCCGAGCUUGCUCGCUGGCCUCACCAGCGUGAAGGGCCAGACAUUGGAGGCGAGGGUCUUCUCCGGCAUCUUUCCCCGGGUGUGCGUCGAAGUCCGGGAGGUGUUGGGCGAUGAGAGAACGAAAGGCGCUAGCCCCGCGAACACUGGCGCUGCGAAAGAGCGCAACAGGGCGAAGGGCGAGCUGCCCGUGAAUGGGGAGGCGCGCGAGGUCAAUGGAAUGCCGACGCCAAACGGGAGCUCAAGUCCGGGCUCGUCGCCGACGAGCGCGGUCUCGAGCAAGGGCAACGCUGAGGCCGACGGCGCACACUUGUCUGUGGGCAAGGCCAUGAAGUCUGCCACGGUGAUUUCGUCGUCUAGGCAGACGGUCAAGUCGGACAGCUCACAGCUGAUUCUACCGCUUUCGCCCCUGUCGCUAAGUUCACGCGACCCGGGCUCUCCUCGUCCUCCCGCGCCGGUUCCGAUGCUGAAGAUUGGCGACGAGACGCCAACGUCUGCGCAAGAACCACUUGUGGACGAGAUCGCGUCGUGCCUGCGCGAGUGGCAUUCAACGAAACUUCAUGAACUGCUGUUGUCGAGACACUACGGCAAGCUGGACAAGAUGUCCACGAUUGUGCAGAGACUGGACACGGACAGGAGACAGCUGUUGCACAAGGUGCUCACCGAUCAAGAGCUGAAGAGUCUGCGGGAAUCGGCCGUGUGGGACCUGGUCAACGGCAACAAGAUGCUAUCGGGCGAGGUUAUCGUGCGCAACCCGCAGCAGCGUGGUCGAAUCUUGACCGGCGACGAUUCUGCGAUCGAGAUCACGAGGCUGCAGUCGAUGAUGAGCCUGCUCAACGAGAAACCCAUCGUCCCAACAGACGAGCACAUUGCGCGCCAUCUGUACGUCGGCUUGCCAGACUCACUUGGAGAGCUGACCGCGCCGAGGACUAUUGCAAUACACCUGUGCAACAAGAUGCCUGGUCAGCCAUUGCUGCCUGUUUCGGAGGUGCACGCGAUCAACGUCUCCGCCGCCAGUGGCAUGUCGUCGGACGGCAACAUGAGGACGCUUUUCGUAGACCUUGGGGCUGCAGAUAUGGGAGAGGGCGCCGGGGCCGGUUCGACGCUGUGGUUGGCUUUCAAGAUAAUCGUCAACGAGCCGCUGCGUAGCCCCCAGGUUGCCUCCGCUUCUCGAACAAGCACGUCGAGCGGCCGACCAGAGUUGGCCCACAGUGGAAGCGUCCGUGGAAGAAGAAGCGUUAUGUUCGGCAGCACACGCUCGCGCAAGGAUACCGAGGGGUCGGAUAUCUCUCCUCAAGACAGCAUGUCUGAUGGUCGUAAGAGCGUAGGCAACGAGGGCAGACCUCCCACGCGGGAAAGCAAAACGGUGAAAAGGACGGUCGCGGCUGGCUUGAUACGAGUCGAUCACAUUCUCAAGCAAGAUUUGGAAAUUGAGCAGGAAGUUGCACUGUGGACUCCUGCCAUCGGGCCUGUAGAAGAGCAAGGUAGCGCGGAGGGCAAUUGGGAGGCACUUUUAUCCGAGCUGCUGCCCAGCCAGAGCGGUGACUACAAGAAGUACUCAUUCCCGAAGCCCAUGAAGGUCGUCAUCAAGGCUUUCGCAGACAACGAUGCGGAUGCGCUGAUCAGAAGAACGCCGACCUGGCUGCAGAACAUAAGCCAGACGCGGAAGAUGGGCUUCUCGGGCGCGCCGAACAAACCACGAAGCGACAUCUAUCUUACCUUGACGGACGCAUUUCUACCCCGUCACGCGUUCCUGUCACACCCAAAGACAGGCACAGUUCCGCUCGGCGCGCAGCAAGGUCUCGCCAAUCUACAGCUUACCCUUGAAGUGAGGAGAUCUACGGGCCAGCGUAUAGAAAAUUGCAUCUUUCCCUCAUGCAACAGCCAGGGCCAUACAGCGUGGAGGACCACGGCGGUCGAACGAGGAGAACCGUGGAACCUCACGAUACGACUCGCCAUUGCACCGGAAGACGUGCCUGGAUCCCACGUUGUAAUGAGCAUCGCCGACCUCCCCGGAUUUCCUUUUGCUCUGUGCUGGAUGCCGCUCUGGGACGACAAUGCUUUCAUUCGGGACAACGAACACGUGUUGGCACUCUAUCAGUACGACGAAUACACCUCGAGCAUCAUUUCAGGACGGGGUGCCUAUCUUGCCUUGCCGUGGGAGGCGGAAAAGGGGGCUCGCUCUGAGGGUCCACUGGCUGCGCUGAAUCUAAGAACAUAUCUGUGCAGCACCAAGUACUCCCAAGACCCCAACCUGCUCGGGUUGUUGAAGUGGCAGUCGCAGCCAGCAGGCGAGGUGCCCAGCUUACUGAGCAGGUUUGCCUUCGUACCCGAGAUUGAGAUCGUGAAGCUGCUCAACGAAGUAUUUGAUGCGCUGUUCGAAAUUCUCGUCGAUGCAGCCGGAAGUGAAGAGUAUGAAACCUUGGUGUUCAAAAACCUCGUCUUCGUCCUCGGAAUCGUCCACGACAGGCGCUUCAAACUCGCGCCGCUGGUCGAUCAGUAUGCCGAGAAACGGUUUAGGUUCCCGGCGGCAACCCCAUGCCUGAUCCGAAGCUUCAAACGACUUCUCGCCAACCCGACAGACACUGAGACGUCCCGUGAGCUUCGUGCGACGUUCAAAGUAGGUGCGCACAUCUUCCGUUUCAUUGCUGUGGGACGCGCCGAGCAGAUUCGCAAGAAGGCGCAGACUGUGGGUUUGAAAUCCAACACGGCUUUCUUGAGCGAUAUGAAAGGCAUAUUCCGGGGUCUGCACGACCUCAUGCGAAACCCGGCUCCUAUUCUCGUCGGUACAAAGACGCUGGUUGUGCAGCACUUCCACUCCUGGCUCCCGGAGCUCGUCGGCAUGAUGAUGCCGGAGGAGGUUUUGAGCACUGCGAUUGACUUUGUGGAUUCUUGUUCGAACGCGCAAGGAAAGCUCAUUCUGUACAGACUAGUCCUCAUCAAGAAUAUUUCGCAGCUAGACAUCUUCAAGCUGCCGGAGGUGAAGAAGCAGCUUAGGGUCACGACAAUACGAUGGCUGGCGCCGUACUGGGGCAAGACGGAGAUGAUCACGGAUCAGUGGCGUGAACAGGUCAGACUCUGCUGCUCCGUGGUUGCCUCGCAGGUGGCGGAGUUUGGCGAAGAGGCCUGUGAGCACAUCCCAAAGCUGGUGGAUUCGUACCGAGCUCUGCAAAGCGCACCAAGAACGCCGCGGAAGGCACUGUCUCUCCUCUUUCCAGGGGCGUAUCCAUUUCAGACGAAGCCGUUGGCGAAAGAACGUUCAGACUUUGACGAAGCCAUGGUGGAGAUUGCUGCAGUCCUAGCGUCCAUCACCAGCCUGCCUAUUUCACUUGCCUUCGACUUUCCACGGGAAGAGCUUGCGGAGUUCCUCUUCAGCGCGCUGCAGGUAUACAUUUCGAUCUUGGAUGGCGAGGCGUACCCACCUUCUUGGCUCAGCGUCCACAUCUACCAUCACCGCUCGACGAUGCGCAGCCUCGAGAAGCUCUCAAGCAUUCUCAUCGACACAUUUUUGCCGCAUCCUGACGAGGCAGACCAAUUCAACACGGAACUGUGGCGAGCGUUCUUCGAUGCUUUGAUCAAGUUGAUUGGGAGUGACGCUCUGGCGCUCGAGACGUUCCCGGAACAAAAGCGAAGGGCUGUCUGGAAAAUUGCCGGUGACGUGCGAGAGCUUGGUGCCGAUCUACUGCGUCGGACAUGGGAGGCGAUCGGAUGGGAAACGAGCCCUGAGGACAAGACGCAAUACGGCCUUGAGAAGCUUGGUGGUUAUCAAGUGCAGUAUGUGCCCGGCCUGGUUGGACCGAUUGUAGAACUCUGCCUCAGCGUGCAUGAGGGCCUACGACGCGUGGCGAUCCAAGUCAUGCAGACGAUGAUCAUCUCCGAAUGGACACUCAGUCAAGACCUCUCACUCAUCCAAGCGGAAAUCAUUGACUGUCUGGAUCAGCUGUUCAUGCGGAAGACGCAAGCGGAGACUCUGCUUCAGAAGAUGUUCAUCGGUGAGCUUAUCGAACGCUUUGAUCCCAUAUCAGAAGGUCCCGAAGACGCUCUCUUCAUUGCUGUGAAGAAUCUUGUGGCAACGGUGGACGAGCUGCUUGAUCUGCUGGCGGCGGUGCAUAGUAGCGAAGGCAACGGCGAGAUUUUCCGCAUCAUGGACACGUUGAAUCUCAUGGACUUCUUGAAGGAUAUGCAAAAGGAGGACAUCUUCAUUCGCUAUGUACACCAACUCGCAGACCUCCAGGCCAGCUCGAAGAAUUACACGGAGGCGGGGCUGGCGCUGCGACUGCAUGCUGAUCUGUACGACUGGGAUCCAUCCAACACGGUGGAAGAACUACGCGACCCGUUCUUCCCUGCACAGACAGCGUUCGACAGGAAAGAGCAACUCUACUUCCAGAUGAUCAAGUACUAUGAAGAUGGGCAGUCGUGGGACAACGCGCUCGGCAGCUACAUGGAGCUAGCGGACCAGUAUGAGCACAACGUGUUCGACUUUGGCAAGCUGGCCCGGACCCAGCGAGCGAUGGCAACCAUCUACGAGUCUAUCGGCAAAGGUCAGCGCGAAAACCCGCGGUACUUCCGAUGCAUCUAUAAAGGCUUCGGUUUCCCGCCCAGUCUGCGAGAUAAGGAGUUCAUUUUCCAAGGCCUCGCCACCGAUCAUAUGUCCACGUUCGUCGACAGGCUGCAAGAGCAACACCCAUCUGCUCAGGUAUCGACCGCGGGCUCUAUUGGCGAAGACCUGGAAGGACAGUACAUCUACGUGUACAACGUGAGUGCACAGCGAGACUUGACGCAUCCGAUUUUCCAGAGGGCCAAGGUGUCUCAGUCCGUGAGGGACUACUAUCUGCUCUCGCGGCCAAACACGUUCACGCAUACCACAAGAAGGAAGAUCAGCGAUGUCGGGGUGAAAAACCAAAGCCUGGAGAAGGCCGUGUUUACCACGGCUGAAGCAUUCCCAACCAUUCUCAGGCGCAGCGAGAUCAUCUCCCAGACAACGGUCACGCUCGGACCACUUCAAAUAGCAAUCGAAAGGACAACGCGCAAGGCUGCUGAGCUGUUGGCUUUGGAGAAGAAGGUCCAAGACGGCGAAGACACGGCGUUAUCCAGCCUGACGGACGCGCUGAUGUUGGCUGUGGAUCCUGACUCUGUGUCCAGUGUUUCGCACUAUCGCCAGCUGAUAGUGUCGGAAGACGAGGGAAAAGCGAGCUCUGACCUGGAAGAUGAGGACGAGGUGGAGGAGGCAGCGAAGCCUUUGGACCCAAUGGAGAAUGCCCUCAGGAUUGCACUUCUGGACUACGCGAUGGCGGUGAAGCGAUGUCUGACGCACUACUCAAGGCCGGCGCACCAAGCCACUCGCGCAGACCUGCAGCAACGCUUUGAAAUCACAUUUGGUGCCGAGCUAAAAAUUUUGGCAUCGUCGACAGCGUUGGGUUUCGAGCGACCCAACACGUCGGCCACGUGGGAUUCUAACAAUCCGAAUGGCGGCGACGCUACCACCUCUGUUUUGAUCCAAGCCAAAUCUCCAAGCCCGAUUGACCGCAUAUCACCGAAGGCUUCAAAGCAGGAGAAGAAAAGGUUUUCGUUUCUAAAGCGGACGAGCAUGCAAGAGGCUGUGCAGAACGCGGCUGGAAAUGGAAUGACGAAGACGAACGGCCGACCGAGUGUGGACGUUGGCGGCCACAGCUCUCAGACAAGCCAAGCAAAUGGCAGCACGCCUGCCAACGACAGAUCCGGAGCGAUGAGUCCGUCAAGCCAGAGCGAGGACAAACUUCAAAAAUAUUUCGGGAUACCAGAGUCGCAGUACCAAGCGGGACCAACUGAUCUGAAGCGUGAAAAGCACGCUCGAGGUGCGUCCAACCACGUCCAGUCGCAGACCCCCGUAAGCUACGCAACCACAAGUCCGGUUCAGCAACCAAACGUAGCGAUCUCCGAUUACGAGAGGCCGAGCACGAGACAGAGCAACCAGAGCACGCAGGGCACGGGCGCAAGUCCCGGAGCACCCAGUCUGGGCAGCCGCGUAGGCAGCGUUAAGAAGAGGCUCAGCAUGUUGGGCAUUGGCAAGAAGGCGAGCAAGACGAGCGUGAGAAGCCGAGGGCAGCCAGAGAGCUUGAUUGAGGAGUAAACUUUCAUUCAACAACGCAACAUGAAGCGAACCAUCGGGACGACCUAAGCUAAAGUUCCAUGGACGAUGCAGGGAGGGCGAGAGCUUCCGUUAGGGUGUUGUUGUUCACGUCACGUUCAAGACUUUCAGAAUUCUUCCCUACCGUGCCGACUUUUGAAGAGAGGGGAACAAAAAAGAAGCCGUUUCGGGGCUUUUUGAGGAAUUUGUCUUUUCUUUUUUGCGCACUGUUUUCUUUUUGUUCCAAACCUUCUUCGUCCGUAUACCCCAGCGAGCUGGGCGGAGAAGGACCGGUGGAUGAGCACGGAAUCAAUAGUGUAUGCUGGUUUCUUAGCUUCUUCGAGUUCACUAUGUACGAACGUUCUGAUUUUGUUUUUCUUCUUUGGCAAACUUCUGCACAUGUGCGAUUGUAAAAAAAGAAUGUCUUUACCAAUUCCUACGAAGCGAGAGAUGUAGCCAUUGCUAGAUGAAUGUACAAUCCUAC